UGGCAGAGAAGCUGCUGCUAUUGCUUCUGCUUGUAUCUUGGUCUCUAAUGGAGGUUGAUGGGAAGAACCAAGGGAGAGAAGAAGUAAAGCUAAUUAGUGAUCAAAGUAAUGGCAGAUCACCCAUGUUCAUACUGAACAAGUUCAAGAAGGUGGUCAAGUCUGAAGGUGGAGAAGUUAAGGUUGUGUCAGGAUAUAAGUGGAAGGGGGAUAUUAAUCCCAUGCACAUUGGUUUCAUUACAAUGAAACCUAACACUCUCUUCAUCCCUCAGUACCUUGAUGCCAACCUCAUCCUCUUUGUUCAAACAGGGGAGGUGAAGGUAGGGUGGAUCCAUAAAGAUGCAUACUUAGUGGAAGAGAGGAUGAAGAUGGGUGAUGUUAAUGUUAUACCGGCAGGAUCAGCAUUCUAUUUUGUUAAUGUGGGGAAUGAUGAUGAGAAGUUAAGCAUUAUUUGUAGCAUUGAUGCAUCAGGGACUUCCGAGUGGAACUCUUAUCAGUCAUUCUUCAUUGGUGGAGGGAGGAAUCCAACUUCAGUGAUUGCAGGAUUCGGCGUUAUAACACUAAGAGCAGCCUUCAAUGUCACCAUGAAUGAACUAAGUUUUCUGAUGAAGAAAAAGAGUGGACCAAUCAUCUACAUGACCAACACAACAAAAGAACAGCACUUACUGCCUUCCAUGAUAAAACUCAAACUCAAACUACAACAAAAGCAAUCAGAUAAUGGUAAAGAAAUACAUGAAGAUGAUGAUGAUGAUGAUUAUCAGUAUAAAGAGAGCUACAAAACAUGGUCAUGGAGAAAACUCGUCAGCUCACUCAUUAGCAAGAAAAAGAGAAAAGGUGGCAGAGUACACUCACCAGAGUCCUUAAACCUCUAUAACACUGAACCAGGCUUCUGCAAUGACUACGGUACAAGUGUUUCCAUUGACAAGCAUCAGUAUUCUCCUCUGAAGAUCUCCGGCAUCGGUGUGUAUUAUGUGAACCUCACCGCCGGCUCAAUGAUGGCUCCGCACUUUAACCCAACGGCAACAGAGUACGGUGUUGUACUUAAGGGAUCAGGGAUCAUUCAGGUGGUGUUUCCGAAUGGAACAAACGCCAUGACAGCAAGAGUGAGAGCUGGAGAUGUUUUCUGGGUGCCAAGGUACUUCCCUUUUUGUCAGAUUGCAUCAAUGGAUGGAUCAUUUGAGUUCUUUGGAUUUACAACGUCGGCGAGGGAGAACAGGCCGCAGUUCCUCGUCGGAGAGAGCUCGGUGUUGAAGAGCAUGAUGGGGCCGGAGCUUGCGGCGGCGUUUGGGGUGGCGGAAGAGUGGCUUGAGAGGGUGGUUGAGGCGCAGAGCCAGUCGGUGAUCUUGCCACCUUUGCAUGUGGAGGGGAAGAACUAAGAGAAUUGUUAUCUUAUUAAUUAGUGUGGGGUCUCUUUCUUCAUUUUUUUUUUUUUUAUUUUAUUUAUGAGAUUUUGGA